CCAACUUGUAUAUAACAAUGGCAUCAGCCACUGUCGGUUAAACUUGUGCUGUAGAUUGUCUGAGUUUACGAGGUAGUACUUGGUUUCUCCUUUCCUCACGCUCUAUACUCUCAUUCAUUCCUUUCUUAUCAUGUAUAUUUUCUAUGAUUUUCAUCACUAGAGUCUAGUCUAGAGGCACCUAUUUAGAUUUCUAUUUCUCAAUCUUGCCUUGGGCUAUUCUUUUCCCUUUCUCAUCUGUUUCUUGUUCUUUCUUUCGCUCCGAUCAAACUUUCCUACUCCUUUUUAGAAACAAUCUUCACUUCUUCAGAUACAUGUCUUCUAAUUUCUUGGUAGAGUCCAACAUGUUUUCUUCGAAUCCUCUUGUGCAAAAUUAUGGUGGUCCUAUAUCGGUAAUUUCAAAUCAGAACCAAGUAACGAAGGGGUUUGAGUUUGAUGAUUCAUCGUCCCCUUCUUCUGGCACAAGUUCAAUUGGAGAAUCCACGGAGGUAACCAAGUAUGCCAACCCCAUCCUCAGAUACAUAAGCGACAUCCUCAUGGAUGAGGAAGAUGAUUUGGAGCGGAAACCCUGCAUGUUGCAGGAGUGUUUGAGACUCCAGGCUGCUGAAAAGUCCUUCUACGAUGCCCUUGGCCAUAGCUACCCUUCAUCACAACGUCAAAACCCUUCUUGUUAUGAAAGCGUUGACAUCACAGACUCUGAUGAAAAUUAUGGUCGCACUGCUAGUUUUGAGAGCAACAGCAGCUGCACCACUGAUAACUCAUAUGAGUCUGACUUGGUUAACACUGUUGGUGAAUUUGACUCUUCUUUUCUACAACUACAAACCCCUCAUGAUCAAUUUGGGGGGUCACAAGCUGUUGGUUAUUUUCAUGAUGGAACCUGGAAUCUCUUCCAGUCUCAGACCAAGCCACUGAUGGUGGAAGACUACUUUCAAUCUGCUUCAGAUUCAGCACCAAGAGAAAAGAGAAGCCAUCAGAUGGGCGAUGAUGAUGAUGAUGCUUCUCAUGAACAAGAAGGAAGAAGAGGUAACAAGGUUUCAGCUGUCUUUUCUGACGAGUCAGAGGCACCAGAGAUCUUAGAUGAGGUUCUGAGUUAUCAAUGUGGAAGAAGUCAAUCCAAACUUUGUGCUACUAUUGAACCAUCACAGAGUGUUGUUGAUUUAGGAGGGUCCAAUGGAAAGGCAACACGUUCACGUUCAAAGAAAGGGUCAACCAAAGCAGGUGCAGCUGUAGAUUUAUGGACCCUUCUAACUCAAUGUGCACAGGCAGUGGCAAGCUUUGACCAAAGGAAUGCAAAUGAAUUACUCAGCCAGAUAAGGCAACACUCUUCACCUCAUGGGGAUGGACUCCAGCGUUUAGCUCAUUACUUUGCCAAUGGCCUUGAGAUAAGGUUGGCUGCUGGGACCCCAUCAUACAUGCCCCUAGAAGUGGCAACUUCUGCAGAUAUGCUGAAAGCUUACAAACUAUUCGUUACAUCCUCUCCUUUGCAGAUGUUGUCAAAUUUAUUGACAACCAAGACAAUCUUUAGUCUUGUGAAAAAUGAGAGCAGCGUUCAUGUCAUUGACUUUGGCGUUUGCUAUGGUUUUCAGUGGCCCUGCCUUGUCAAAUUGCUGUCAGAAAGGCAAGGAGGUCCUCCAAAACUUCGUAUAACAGGAAUUGAACUUCCACAACCGGGUUUUCGGCCUGCAGAAAGGGUUGAGGAGACCGGAAGGCGACUGGAAAACUACUGCAAGAAGUGGAAGGUUCCUUUUGAAUACAAUUGCCUUGCACAGAAAUGGGAAACUAUAACACUUGAGGAUCUCAAGAUAGACAGGAACGAAGUAACUGUUGUUAGCUGUUUGUACAGGCUUAAGAACCUGCCAGAUGAAACUGUGGCAGUGAACUGUCCAAGAGAUGCUGUGUUGAAGUUGAUCAGGAAGAUCAAUCCAAACAUCUUCGUCCAUGGGGUGGUCAAUGGCACUUAUAGUGCACCCUUUUUCCUGACUCGGUUCAGAGAGGCACUCUACCACUUCUCAUCACUGUUUGAUAUGUUUGAGGUUAAUGUGCUUCGUGAAGACCCGCAAAGAGUGAUGCUUGAGAAAGGGAUGUUUGGAACUGAUGCCAUCAAUGUUAUAGCGUGUGAGGGGGCUGAGAGGGUUGAGAGGCCAGAGACCUACAAGCAAUGGCAGGUCAGGAACCUGAGAGCUGGGUUGAAGCAAGUCCGUUUCGAUCCUCAGUUGGUGAAGGAUGCCAAAGAAAUAGUGAAGAAGGAAUAUCACAAAGAUUUUGUAGUGGCAGAGGAUGGCAAGUGGGUUUUGCAGGGGUGGAAAGGGCGUAUUCUGAAUGCCAUUUCUGCUUGGACUCCUGCUUAAGCAAUGUCAAGAAUGUAUCUUGUAACUAGUAAUCUACUUAUAGGUCUGUUUUAUAAAAAUGCAAUAAACUACUCUUUGCUAUUUCUCUUUC